AUGGAGAUUGAGGCGAUGUCCCCAGUUGUGUGUCUCUCUAACCCGAGACUAGGAAUUAUUGUCACUAUUCGUCGGGCAGAGGAUGACUGUGAUAAGCCCUGUAUCUUCCGCUGGAGCAGCAUAUAUGAUGCAUGGGGUCCCUCUGGCUUCGCAGUCUUUCAACACACACCAGAUGGUCUAAAAAGGGUUGAACAAACGCCUGGGCGGUCACCUCCUCGGACUGUCAAGAUCACAGGAUAUGAAGUUGAAACAGAAGAACUUCUUCCUGGACAAACUCUCAGUCGAAACAUAGGCCCAUUGCGUCCCUUUUUGGAUCACAUGGUGGCAGGUGAGAGAUAUGAGCUAGUCUGGCUCGGGGCUGAAUAUGCCUUGUGGGCUUGGGGCACCUUGCGUGACCAUUGGGAGCAAGAAAUUGGGGAUAACUCCAGGCUACCCAUUGUUGUCAUCCCGGGGGAGCCUCUCGCUCUUUUCACUGCGUAG